AUUCGCCGCCGCCCAGCUCACCCAGCCACCAUGCCCAUCGUCCUCCUCCUCCUCCAGUCCGCCGCCAUGUUCGCAGCCAGCUUCCUCGUCGGCAUCCUCCCCCUCUCCUUCAAGUCCGCAACCUCAGGCAGGACCCUCAAGGCCAUAUCCGUCACGGGGAUGGGCCUCCUGGUGGGGGCGGCCCUCACAAUCAUCAUACCAGAGGGAGUGGCCACAUUAUACUCUGCCAUGCCCCAAGACGGAAAGGAUCACGAUGAAAAGGCUAUCCAUGCUAUCGGUCUCGGUCUCCUGUCCGGCUUCUCGUUAAUGCUGCUCAUCGAGUCUCUCAUUCCGCAUGAAUCUCACCAAAGCCAACCGUCUUCUAGCUACGCUUCUCCUUCUCCACCAGGCUCCCCCUUAUCUAUAGAGUCCUCUUCACGUCCGCCCCCUCAGCAUAUCAACUCAAAUACCCCUAUCGUCUCCAAACCGAAACGCAUGUCGGUCGACGAUUCUGAAAGUGAAGCUGCCACUCGAAUGAGCACCAUCCAUGGCCUAAAUGCUACGCUUGGACUGGUCAUCCAUGGCGCAGCAGACGGCAUUGCUCUAGGUGCAAGCAGUCUAGCAAGUGGGAGUAGGAGCUUGAGCCUGAUUAUUUUCCUUGCUGUACUUGUCCACAAAGGCCCUACCGCCCUAGGAUUGACCACCACUCUUCUUUCCCUUGGCCUUCCGAUAUCGAGCAUUCGCCAGCGACUCAUCAUCUUCUCAUUUGCCGCCCCUGUCGGCGCCAUCCUCACUUUCAUUCUAGUCAGCGCUUUUGGGACCUCUAAAGUAGGAGGUGCAAAUGCUGGUGGUGAUGCGUUGGGCUGGUGGACCGGUGUAGCUCUUCUUUUCUCCGGCGGCUCUUUUCUCUACGUUGCCACAGUCAUCCAACCACUCUCCUCGCACACUGAUGCCCAUUCCCAUCCUCAGCAGUCUCAUCACCUCGAAAGCGGACACGGUCCCGAAGAUCAUGCAGAUCCCCAAGAUCGACCGCUUGGCACGUAUCAACGGACAGCAUUGUUGGUAUUUGGUAUGGGACUGCCAGUUAUAUUAAGCUGGCUCGUAGGCGAUGCCCAUUAAAAGGAUGUGUAUUUUGGUUUGAAUGGAACGGCGUUCAAGGGCAAUCCGCGACGUUUUCUCAGUUAUAUGUUUAUCUAUAGAUGUAAGUAAUAACUGUAGACCCUAGUGAUGAUACCCAUUUUCCACCCAAGGAGUCACACCCAUGGUCAGUACACAUUGUAAUACUCUACGAGCAUUUACAUCUGGGUUUGUUCUAAAACAUAACGCUGAAUUCAUGAAUACGGGGGAAAAUUACCGUACGAUGGACUCAAAACCCCCCCACUCGCUUGGACGUAAUCUUCACGAUUCGUCACAUAACUAUGAAUCCCGGAAAAUGAACCUGAUAUGAUACAGCAAAUAUAUAAAUCUAACGCGAGAGAAACAGAAAAAAAAAAUCCAGCCAACGAGUCAAAUGAAUAACCUAUA